AUGCCAACCCCCCCUCUGCGGAAGCUGUUCCCCCUGGCUGCUGGCUGCUUCCUGGCAGCCGCCCCAUUUUCCUUCAGCCUGGCACCUGGCCGCCCGGAGGCUCCGGAUUUUGAUUUUUACGGAGAGGCGCCGUGCCCCAGACGAUGCGACAGGAUCGCGCGCAGCGCCGCUGGCGACGCAGGAGAUGACAGCUCUGUGCCGCCGAGUCCUCUAGAUGUCCCGUGGUGGCAGCUGGAGGACCAGGCGGAGCGCCUCAUGGCUCCCCGGAUGCCCUUCCGGGUCGAGCAGGUUUCGCCUCCCCCGGUGAAAAAGCUGGGCUACGCCCUGCUGGAUGCCAGGACUGCCCGAGGGGACGUCAUCAACAUGAAGGGCACCGAGAAGGACGACUACGUCGUCAGCAAGGUCCGAUUCCUCUACGACCUCGUGGGCGGCAAGUAUCGUAUCAGGACGAAAGUUCUGGAGGUCCAGACCCCAAGGCGCUACAAGAUCAACGAGAAGCUCGCCGGCCUUGUGAACCGCGACGAAGCAUAG